UAAAAACUGAAGAUAUCGUACAUAGCUUCGGACCAGCUCUCUUUAUGGAACGCAUAUGCGCAAUCUAUCGAUUCAGAAUUUUCGAAGGAACCUUAAUGCUUACAAGUAAUUUUAUGAAAGUAUUCGGAUUAGUUGUAGCAAUUGCAAUUGCUGCUAUUUUCCUGUACUACUUCGAUAUCCCUGGAACACUCUCUAAACCAGAACCGUUAAGGGAUACUAUGGUAGAUUUCCCAUCAAUCGUCAUCCUCAUACAAUACGUCACGUCUGCCGUGAUGACUUCUUGUUUGCUGAGUAGCGCGAAUAUUCGGAUCGUGAACUCGCUCGCAAAUAUCGACUCAACGCUUCGUCUUAACACAAGUGAAGAAUUUUAUAGAAAAUCAAGAAACCAUUCAGUUAUAGCGCUAUGUACUAUGGUGAUCAUCCACAUCAUCUCCAGUGCAUCAGAUCACUUUUUACGAAUGGAGGAGGAUAGUUACUUUAUUAUGGAUAUGCUUAAUUAUAUACUGAAUUAUGUUCAAGAUCUCGAGAUAUUAGUAUUCUACUUAAUGAUAAGCAUGUUGAACCACAGGCUGAAAGUCAUAAAUAAUGAUCUAACAAAGAUUCUUCAUCAGAAAGAUAACCAAGGCAAGAUCUCAGUUUAUACGAUCAGACAAAAAAACUCAAAGAACGAAAAACCACUCGAUAUCCACGGAAAAAUAGCAGUCAAUAAUUUACGGGAUUUGUCCUUGGCUUACGACACCAUAGGCGAGGCUUGCCACUUGGUUAACAGCGUUUAUAACUAUCAAAUAUUCAUGACAUUGAUAUCAGCCUUCGUCUACAUCGUGAUAGCUCUAUGGACUGCGUUGUUUUACUAUCGCACUCAAGUGUUCACGGGCAAUUUGAUUUCUAUAAUAUUGUGGUGCUGCAGCGAGAUGUUGACGGUGGCGGCGAUGGCUUUUGUAUGCGAGAUGUUGUUAUCGACGCGGAGCGAGACGAAGGUGCUGGUGAACGAGCUGGUGAUGGAGUAUGCGCUGCCGGCGAGGACACGCGCGCAGGCCAAGGCGUUCAUGCGGCUGAUCGACGCGUGGCCGCUGCGCGUCUACGUCUACGACAUGUUCACUGUCGACAUUACCCUCAUGCUCAAGUUCAUAAGCGUAUCUACAACUUAUUUGAUUGUCAUCAUACAAAUCUCUCAUUUCGUAUAAA